AUGGAGUCUUUGAAUGAACGUGCUUUAAAAUUAUUACAACGUAACAGGGAACGCAGAAACCAAUUACAAAAAAGAUAUGUAUCACAACAACAACAUUACAAUAGUGACGAAUCUUCUGAUGACAAUAAUAGUAUUAUUGGUGCCACAGUUGUAAAAGAUAACAAUGUCAUCAAAAAUAGAGUAUACAAAGAUGGCUCUAAUACUACUACCAAUUCAAUAAAAAAACGGAAAUAUAAACCAAGUGAUGUUGCCUUAGAAGAAAUACGUAAAUAUCAAAAUUCUACAGAUUUACUAAUAUCAAAGAUACCGUUCGCUAGGCUUGUCAAAGAAGUGACAGAUCAAUACACUAGUAAUCAAGAAGAACCACUAAGAUGGCAAAGUAUGGCUAUUCUAGCACUACAAGAGGCUAGUGAAGCUUAUUUGGUUGGUUUAUUGGAACAUACUAAUUUAUUGGCCUUGCACGCUAAGAGAAUAACAGUAAUGAGGAAAGAUAUGCAAUUAGCACGAAGGAUAAGAGGUCAAUUUAUAUAA